CUCAUCACCACCACGCUCCGGCCACCUUCCACCUUCCAAAACCGGCAGCACCAGAGCUAGUCGGCGCGACUCGUCGGCGAUGGGGAGGACGCUGGACGUGCUGCUGGGGCGGACAACGAAGCAGACGGCGCGGCUGAGGUCGCUGCUGCACCUCGCCACGAGGCGGGUCGCCGUGGUGCGCGCGCACCGGGAGGUGCGGUGCGCGCAGGCGCGGGGGGACGUGGAGCAGCUGCUCCGGCAGGGCCACCCGGACCGGGCGCUGCUGCGGGCCGAGCAGGUGAUCCGGGAGCGGGACACGCUCGACGCCCUCCUCCUGCUCGACGCCUACUGCGCGCUCCUCGCCGACCGCUCGGCGCUGCUCGACGCGGCGCACGGCCGGGAGUGCCCGGCCGAGCUGCGGGAGGCGGCGGCGGGGCUCUGCUACGCCGCCGCGCGCUGCGGGGACCUCCCCGAGCUGCAGGAGGCCCGCGCCCUCCUCGCCGCCAAGUUCGGCCGCGGCUUCGCGUCCGGCGCCGCCGAGCUCCGCGGCGGCUGCGGCGUCAGCGCCAAGCUCGUGCAGAAGCUCGCGACCACGCUGCCCAGCCUCGAGAGCCGCCAGAUGGUGCUCCUCGAGAUCGGCGCCGAGAAGGAUAUCCCCGUGCGCCUUCACAACGACGCUACCGCCGCCGCCGAGCACGAGGACCCGGCCGGCCGCUCCCGCCAUGGCCAUGGCCACAGGAAGAUGAGGCACGACGACGACGACGAACGGCGAGCCGACUCCGACGAGCCGGAGGGAGACAGGGCCGUCUCUGCCCACUCAAAGCUGACAUUCAAAGACGUGGAAGAGGCGGCGCAGGCCGCGUUCGAAUCGGCUGCCACGGCGGCGGCGGCCGCCAAGGCUGCCAUAGAGCUCUCGCGAGCCGGGUCCGGGAGCCCCGACGGCAGCUACAGGAGGAAGGCGCACGCCGCCGACGAGACGCACCACCGCGGCGAUGAUCUGGCCGAUGGCAAGGCCUUGGAGAGGAUCGGACAUGUUCGGAACUACAGUUCUGAUGCAGAAGAUCUGCCGGAGAAACGCGGAGAACAGCAGGAUACGCCCAGGAGCAGGCCGGCUUCAGUCAGGACGAACAGAGGACUCUAGUAGUUUAGCUACAGCCAUACCCAUAUGGCAGCAGCAGAGACUGUUUCUUGAUUUAGUUGUAUUGCUAGAAGUUGAACUUCUGCAGCUAUAUAUUGCAGAUCAUUCAUUAUUAAAUUUUGUGUAUGCGAUGUACAUAGAGAAUUGGGGAAGUAAAUAUUAAUAUGAUUCCGAUUUUUCACCAAA